CCAGUGGGCAGAGUCGAAUCAGUCGGCGCCGCACCCACUACAUAUAGCCAUCGGACAGAGGCCAGAGAGCCGCCGGGUCAACACGCACAAUGGGGCGCACGGAGCUGGUGGUCUUUGCCCUCGCCUGCUGCCUGGAGGUGGCAACCGCUGCUAAGCUUGGGGUCGUGUACACGGAAGGAGGCUUUGUCGAAGGCGUCAACAAGAAACUGGGCCUCUUUGGUGACUAUGUGGAUAUCUUCCGAGGCAUCCCCUUCGCCGCCCCCCCCAAAACCCUGGAGGCCCCCAAGCCGCAUCCUGGCUGGAAAGGUACUCUGAAGGCCAAGGACUUCAAGAAGCGCUGCCUGCAGGCCACCAUCACCCAGAAGGAAACCUACGGCGAUGAGGACUGUCUGUACCUGAACAUCUGGAUCCCUCAGGGGAAAAAGCAAGUCUCCCGGGACCUGCCUGUGAUGAUCUGGAUCUUCGGGGGCGCUUUCCUGAUAGGCUCCGGACACGGGGCCAGCUUCCUCAAAAACUACCUGUACGACGGCGAAGAGAUCGCCACCCGCGGCAACGUCAUCGUCGUCACCUUCAACUACCGGGUGGGGCCCCUCGGCUUCCUCAGCACUGGAGACUCCAACCUGCCAGGAAACCUUGGGCUGAAGGAUCAGCACAUGGCCAUCGCCUGGGUGAAGAGAAACAUCGCGGCCUUUGGUGGUGACCCCAACAAGAUCACCAUCUUUGGGGAAUCAGCUGGCGGAGCCAGCGUCAGCCUGCAGACCCUCAGCCCUUACAAUAAGGGUCUUAUCAAGCGAGCCAUCAGCCAGAGCGGGGUGGGCCUUUGCCCCUGGGCCAUCCAGAGGAACCCACUCUCCUGGGCCAAGAAGAUCGCAGAGAAGGUGGGCUGCCCCACAGAUGACACCGCCAAACUGGCCAAAUGCCUGAAAGUCACCGACCCCCGGGCUCUGACGCUGGCCUUUAAUCUACCCCUGGUCGGACUGGAGAAACCCCUGCUCUCUUACCUCGGCUUCCUGCCUGUCAUCGACGGAGACUUUAUUCCCGAGGAGCCCGCCUACCUCUUCGCCAAUACCGCCGACAUCGACUAUAUGGCGGGCACCAACAACAUGGACGGGCAUUUCUUCGCCAUGUUUGAUCUGCCCGCUAUCAACAAGCCCUCCGUGGACAUCACUCCGGAGCAGUUUUACCAGCUGGUCGCCGACCUCACCAAGUCCAAGGGGGUCUUGGGGGCCAAUGUCACCUUUGAAGAAUACACCCAGACGUGGAACCGUGACACCACCCAGAACGAUAUGAAGAAAACUGUGGUUGACUUUGAAACAGACAUCCUCUUCCUGGUGCCCACCCAGAUGGCGCUGAAGUUCCACCUCGAAAAUGCCAAGAGUGCCAAGACCUACACCUACCUGUUCUCCCAUCCCUCCCGCAUGCCAGUCUACCCCAAAUGGGUGGGGGCCGACCACGCCGACGACAUCCAGUACGUCUUCGGAAAGCCCUUCGCCACGCCCCUGGGCUACCGGCUCCAGGACAGGACCGUCUCCAAGAACAUGAUUGCCUACUGGACCAACUUCGCCAGGAGCGGGGACCCCAACGAGGGCCAUUCGGCGGUUCCCACCAAAUGGGCUGCAUACACCGAUGAGAAUGGCAACUACCUGGAAAUCACCAAGAACAUCAACACUAACUCCUUGAAGCAGCACCUGAGGAGCAACUUCAUGACCUUCUGGAGCCAGACCUUCUUGAAUCUGACCAGUGUGGUCACCGAUGAGGAAUAAACUCUGCCCUCCCCGCCUACGCCAAGCCGGGAACCUGUGUGGAAAUGGGCUGACUCUCCUGCCCCGCACUCAUGCUUUGAAUAAAGCCAUUACACUGCC